AAUAAUAGUAUUUUAAAUAUAAUAUUUUUAAUUUAUUAUAAGUAACAGUGUGAUCAACCAUUGUGAAAGUUAACGUGAAAUCGACACAUAUGAAACUGACUUCUUAAAUAAUAGUAUAGAGAUAUGUUAGCUAUAGAUUAUAAUGCAUGUAAAACAUCUUAAAGCAAAAAAAAUGGCAUAUAGGGUGUAGAAAAAGAAGAAGAAAAUGUCAUAUUCCAUUGAGAAAAUGGAUACUCAACUUUAUGAUUUUGUAAUAGCUUGUUGUUGUAAAAUAAAGAGGAAAAAAUGUUCGAAAGUGUAGGUGACUGUGUUAUUCACAACACAAAUUGCCUAAGAUUAAAAAGAUUUAUUCAGGAAUAAACCAAACCUUCUCUCCUCAAAGAGUGGACAAAACCAAAAGCAAAACCACACUCAGAAUAAAAAGUGCCUUGUGCUCCAUAAACAAAACAAAACCACCAUUUUACUCCUCUCUCUCUCUCUCUCUCUCUCUCUCUCUUUCUUCGCUGGCUUCUGCAAUUCGAAAAUUGGCAUCUCGCUGACGCUCUUCGCGAAUCACGUCUCCACAAUCUCCAGCUCUAUCUCCAUAAACGAGCUCAAGCUCUCCGGGAAUGAUUCCGAUGGAUAAUUACUGCGUGCCGAGCAGUAGUUCGAGCAUGACUGCUUCCUCUGGAUUCCAUCUGACUCUGAAUUCUCCGGUUGGACUCAAACAUGAAGCUGCUGCUGCUGCUGCUGCUUUAGCUGUCGAUUGGUCUCUUGAGGAGCAGUAUACUUUGGAGAAAGGUCUUUCAAUGUUUAAAGAUGAGCCACAGGUUACUAAGUAUGUAAAGAUCGCAUCAACUCUACCAGAUAAAAGCGUACGGGAUGUAGCAAUGAGGUGUAAAUGGAUGACGCAAAAACGAAGAAAAGGAGAAGAACAUAGUGCCACGAAUGUUAAUUAUAGAAAGGUGGUGGAUUUACCCCCAAAACUGAACAUGUUCUCCACCGUGCCACAACAAAAUGCUACAUAUGUCAUGAACCCUAUGUGCCAGAGUGCACGCGUGCCUUUUGAAGGUGCAAGUGAUGCAGUUAUGGAGCUUCUACGGCAGAAUGCUCAAGCUUUUAGUCAAAUUUCUUCAAACCUUUCUGCGUUCAAGCCACAGGAUAACAUCAGUCUGUUUUAUCUUGCAAGAAAUAACAUCAGUUCCAUCUUGAAUGAAUGCCUGGUAUCAUCAGCCGGAUGUCACCACUGCCUGUUUCAAUCAACAAUGAUCUUGUUGGCAUGUUAAUGACGAGUACACGACGGCCGAGCUCUUAUAUCAUUCCUUCGAGUAUCCAUCUGAAGCAGGAACCAAGAAACUGAUGGGGGAGGUGGGGUGGGUGGGAGAGAUUUGGUUUUGACCAAUGCUAAAGGAAAUAAGCACAGAAAACUGGUGAAAUGGCAGUUGUUAGAUGUGACAUGGACUUAAAGAAGAUGGUUUAUCACCUGCGAAGAACACAAGAUCGAACGAAUAUUAUCUUGUAGAACCCUUUGUGCUGUCGGCUAAUUUUUGCGUGGAAAGGGUUAACUAAAACACCUUUCCAAGAUAUGAAUUCGUUGCACAUAUCCGUCGUAGAGUUGGUUGUAUAGAUUAGCCGUUUGUGUAAGGUUUUAGAUGAGAGUUAUUUACGUUUGUAUUAAGAACACAUCUUUGUAAGUUUUGGACUUCAAUACAUGCACCCUAGUAUUAGCG